AUGAGAGCAAAAGAAAAGCGUGAAUCUGAAAACCCCCAUGUGCUGAUAUUUCCACUACCGUGGCAAGGUCAUGUUAACACCAUGCUCCCCCUGGCAGAGCUUCUCGCACUUUCCGACGUCCACGUCACCUUUCUCUGCACCCACCGCUUCCUCCGUUUCGCCGGCCACAUCAGAGCUCGUCAUCCCAUUCUUGCCUUCGAGAUCUACGUUGACCGCGUUACCGACCCCCCGGUAUUCGGAGGCAACAUAGAUGAAUUCUUCAACGGCGUAAAGUUUCAGGGGAAGCUCAAGUUGAGAGAGCUAUGCUUGGAGCAUUCUGGAAAACCCAGGGUCAACCGCAUUAGAGCGGAUACCUUGGUCGGAGGGCCACCUCCGACCUUUGAGACCAGCUCGGAAUACCCAUAA